AUGCCUCCGACUGUUUCUCUCUCUGCAAAACAGCAACAAUAGCUAGCCAACUACUGGCGAAACGCAACGUAUGGCAUCAAUCAACUCCUCUCUAUUCUUCUCCAGACAAUACACCGUUUUUGUCUCUGCUAACAUACGCUCCCUCUGCUCUCUUCCUUAUCCAUAACCCACUCCUUAUUCAGUCUUUAGCUUAAGCAUUUAUUCAUUUCCUCUCUUUAACAAACCAAAACUGGUCUUUACUGUAUGGCUUUGAUCCUUUUUCUACUGUUUAUGGUGCUCUGCGCACCGUUUUCAACGUUCGCUGUUGACCGAAGCCUUGAAAAUUUAUCUGAGAUUGAAGCUUUGACAUCCUUCAAAUUAAGUCUUCAUGAUCCACUUGGAGUGUUGAAUGUUUGGGAUUCUUCAACUCCGGCAGCUCCGUGUGACUGGCGUGGAGUCACUUGCGCUGACAACCGAGUCAGCGAACUCAGGUUACCUCGGCUUCAACUCGGUGGGCCACUCACUCACCACCUUGCUAAGUUGCGCAUGUUGCGGAAGUUAAGCCUUAGGUCGAACUUCUUCAACGGGACUAUCCCUACCUCGCUUUCUCAAUGCACCCUUCUACGCGCUGUCUUCCUGCAGUACAACGCACUCUCUGGCAGCCUCCCUGCAAAUAUCGGUAAUCUCACCAAUCUUGAAAUUUUGAACGUCGCUCAAAAUCGUCUCUCCGGAGAGAUGGCUGUUGAUCUCCCGAGAAAUCUCAAGUAUUUAGAUCUCUCGUCAAAUGCAUUCUCUGGCUCGAUACCGAAGACCAUUGCUAACUUGUCUCAGCUUCAGCUGAUUAAUUUAUCGUAUAAUCAGUUUUCUCGAGAGAUUCCAGCAGGUUUGGGUGCACUUCAAAACUUACAGUAUCUUUGGCUGGACUUUAAUUUGUUGGAGGGAACUUUGCCGUCAGUAUUAGCUAACCUUUCAUCACUUGUGCAUUUGAGUGCUGAAGGCAACGCACUUGGGGGAGUGAUCCCCGCAGCUAUUGGAUCUCUACCUAAGCUCCAGGUGGUCUCACUCUCACAGAAUAAUCUCUCUGGGAAGGUUCCAAUGUCAAUGUUUUGCAAUGUCUCGGCUUAUCCGCCGUCGAUUAGGAUGGUGCAGUUAGGGUUUAAUGCAUUUACGGACGUGGUUGGGCCCGAGACGGGAUUUUGUUAUAGUGUUGUGCAAGUUCUGGAUCUUCAACAUAACCGGAUUCGGGGGAGUUUUCCAUUGUGGUUAACGUCAAUAUUAUCUUUGACUGUGUUGGAUGUUUCGAGUAAUUCGCUUUCUAGUGAUAUUCCAGCUGAGAUUGGGAAUCUGUCAAGAUUGGAGGAGUUGAGGAUGGCCAAUAAUUCUUUCAGUGGUGUGAUUCCAGUUGAGAUUAAGAAAUGUAGGUCGUUAAGUGUUCUUAAUCUUGAAGGGAAUCGAUUUUCAGGGGAGAUUCCCUUGUUUCUGGGUGACAUGAGAGGGUUAAAGGGUCUAACACUUGCUGGAAAUCUCUUCUCGGGUUCACUUUCAAUGAGUUUUCGCAAUCUUUCAGAGCUUGAGACCUUAAACUUGAGACACAAUAAUUUGAGUGGAAGCUUGCCAGAGGAGCUAAUGGGAAUGAGCAAUUUGACCAGUUUGGACCUCAGUGAGAACAAUUUUUCUGGUGAGAUUCCAGCAAGUAUUGGGAAUUUGAGUCGGUUAAUGGUUUUUAAUCUGAGUGGUAAUGCUUUUUCAGGGCGAUUGCCUCCUAGCUUGGGAAAUCUUUUAAAGUUAACCACUCUUGAUUUGAGCAAGCAGAAUCUGUCUGGCGAGUUGCCAUUUGAGCUUGCUGGCCUGCCAAAUUUACAAGUCAUUGCUUUGCAAGAAAAUAAGUUAUCUGGAGAUGUUCCUGAAGGGUUUAGUAGUUUGGUGGGUUUGCGAUAUUUGAACUUAUCUUUCAAUGGGUUCUCUAGUAAAAUUCCGGAGACAUUUGGUUUUCUUCGUUCACUGGUUGUUCUGUCAUUGUCUAAUAAUAACAUUUCUGGGUUGAUUCGACCAGAGCUUGGCAAUUGCUCUGAUCUUGAAGCUCUAGAGCUCCGGUCAAAUUUUUUGACUGGCCACAUUCCAGCUGAUUUCUCUCAUCUUUCAAAUUUGAACGUGCUUGAUUUAGGUAUGAACAAUUUAACGGGGGAACUUCCAGAAGAAGUCUCAAAAUGCUUUUCUUUAAGAUCUUUGUUAGUGGACGCCAAUCAUCUUUCAGGAAGCAUACCAGACUCAUUGUCCAAUUUAUCAAACCUCAGAGUGCUGAAUCUCUCAAGUAACAACCUGAGUGGAGAGAUUCCAGCUAAUCUUACACGGAUUUCUGGACUUUUAUACUUCAAUGUCUCAAGUAAUAAUUUAAAGGGUGAGAUUCCAGCAUUGCUGGGUUCCAGGUUUAAUGAUCCAUCAGCAUUUUCAAAUAAUCAAGAUUUAUGUGGAAAGCCAUUGGGCCAGAAAUGCGAGAACACAACAGAUAAAAACAGGAGGAAGAGGUUGAUUAUGUUGAUAGUUAUGGUUGCAAGUGGUGCUUGCCUCUUGGCAUUGUGUUGUUGUUUCUAUAUUUUUAGCUUCUUGCGGUGGCGCAAGAAGCUAAAAGAAGGUGCAGCUGCUGAGAAAAAACAUAGUCCAGCUAGAGCUAGCUCAAGAACAAGUGGGGGUCGUGGCAGCACAGAUAAUGGAGGGCCAAAACUGGUUAUGUUUAACAACAAGAUAACACUUGCAGAAACAAUUGAAGCAACUAGGCAGUUUGAUGAAGAGAAUGUGCUUAGUAGAACACGAUAUGGUCUCGUUUUCAAGGCUUGCUAUAAUGAUGGGAUGGUGCUCUCAAUUCGCCGCAUACCAGAUGGAUCACUGGAUGAAAAUAUAUUUAGAAAAGAAGCUGAAUUCUUAGGCAAAGUAAAGCACCGGAAUCUGACAGUGCUUCGUGGCUACUAUGCGGGAUCACCUGAUUUAAGGCUCCUAGUCUUUGACUACAUGCCCAACGGAAAUCUUGGAACCCUUCUUCAAGAAGCAUCACACCAGGAUGGCCAUGUCUUGAAUUGGCCAAUGCGCCAUCUCAUAGCUCUUGGCAUUGCUCGUGGCUUGUCCUUCCUACACACAUCCAACAUGGUCCACGGAGAUAUCAAGCCUCAAAAUGUUCUCUUCGACGCUGAUUUUGAAGCUCAUUUAUCUGAUUUUGGGCUUGACCGUCUUACAGUCCCAACCCCAGCAGAAGCUUCCAGUUCUACAACAUCAGUUGGUACAUUGGGUUAUGUCUCUCCAGAAGCAAUACUAACAGGAGAAACCACAAAAGAAUCAGAUGUGUACAGUUUUGGUAUAGUAUUGCUAGAGCUACUAACAGGCAAAAGGCCACUGAUGUUCACGGAAGAUGAGGAUAUAGUAAAAUGGGUGAAGAAGCAACUACAAAAGGGCCAAAUCACAGAACUACUAGAGCCUGGCUUGCUUGAGCUUGAUCCUGAAUCAUCAGAAUGGGAAGAGUUCUUGCUUGGAGUGAAAGUGGGGUUACUGUGUACCGCACCAGACCCUCUUGAUCGACCAACAAUGUCGGACAUCGUGUUCAUGUUAGAAGGUUGUCGUGUUGGUCCUGAUAUUCCCUCAUCAGCCGAUCCAACCUCUCAACCUUCACCCGCAUAAUUUCAUAAAUUGUUAGUUGCAAGAAAUUAACCUUUUCUUUUUUUCUUUUUAAAUUUCAAAAUGUAACAGUAGGUUCCCGGAGUGUCGUUAUUUUAUCCCUU